CCCGCCGCCGACGCCGUGCCGCCUCCUCCUGCUGCUGCUGUUGCUAGUCCUCCCACUGCUGCUGACAGCGGAGGCAUCUUCGCACGACGAGAGUCGCCGCUGCCGAGGCGGUUGUGAGGUUUCGGGGCGGCGCUGCUGCUGCUGCUGCUGCUGCUGCUAAUAAUGCGAUCCUAAUGCCUGUCACUUCCCGGGACGCGCCGCUGGUACUCGUGGCGGCGGCGGCGGCAGGCAGGAGACCCCGGAGUCCUCCUGUUCGGGCUGGCUGAGCCUCUCCCGGCGUCUGAUUGGAUACGGCUGGGUUCUGCGUGGGGCUGCGGGGCUGCGGCGAGGGGGUCUCGGGAACCAUGGGCUAUUGCAGCGGCAGGUGCACGCUCAUCUUCAUCUGUGGCAUGCAACUGGUAUGUGUGCUGGAGAGACAGAUAUUUGAUUUCCUUGGUUAUCAGUGGGCACCAAUCCUGGCAAAUUUUGUACACAUUAUUAUAGUCAUACUUGGCUUAUUUGGAACCAUCCAGUAUAGACAUCGCUACAUAACAGGAUACGCCGUCUGGUUAGUCCUUUGGGUUACAUGGAACGUAUUUGUUAUCUGCUUCUACUUGGAGGCUGGGGACUUAUCAAAGGAAACAGAUCUUAUAUUGACCUUCAAUAUCUCAAUGCACCGAUCUUGGUGGAUGGAGAAUGGGCCCGGCUGCACAGUGACAUCUGUGACUCCAGCCCCAGACUGGGCACCACAAGACCAUCGCUACAUCACUGUCUCAGGGUGUGUUCUUGAAUACCAGUAUAUAGAAGUAGCUCACAGUUCUCUACAGAUCUUCCUUGCACUGGCAGGAUUCAUCUACGCCUGUUAUGUUGUGAAAUGUAUCACCGAAGAAGAGGACAGCUCUGAAUACCCGAUGAUGGGAGGAAGAUUGGCCUACUGGCUUCCUGGAACAAAUCAGAUCGAUUUCAUAGGUGGAUUUGACUCAUAUGGCUAUCAAGGCCCGCAGAAGACUUCCCAUUUACAGCUUCAGCCCAUGUAUAUGUCAAAAUAAAGGAAAGUGAAGCCUGCAGUUGGAGGACUGUAGGACCAGUCCAAGAACUUAAUCUGGCAUGGCCUUCUUGAGGGUUGCAAAAGAAUGAGGGAAGUUUUAACUUCUCAUCCACUAUAUAAUAAAAUAAUCAGCGACAGAAGCCUUUCUUUCUAACAAAUGCCGAAAGCAACACAGAAGAUCCAUUUUCUCCCACCUUGGAUUUUCCAGGUUCAGAGAAGGAAGAUUUAAAAGAAGAAACAGUGGCUCCAUCUUCUGGUCACUUGUCUACUUUCCUCUCUAUUGCUCCCGUCUCUGAAUUGUGAAAUUAUCACAUACGUUUUUUGAUUCUUACUGAGGCUCUCCUGUACUCUGUUUGGAGCCAUGUCUUCUUCGUCAACAAACAAGAAAGAAACCGUGAUGACCUUGAAACAGAAGUCAAUAGGCAGCAAGUUGCUUGUCCUAAAGGCUGUACAGUACAUACUUGCCUUAACCCAGCCUCAGUUGCACAUCAGAGAAAUUCGAUGUGGGCUUUCUGAAGUAACUUCCUUUAGGCUCAACCAAGCUGUUCAUUAAUUCUAAAAUAUGUCAAAGGUUGUGUCAGGUAAUAGACUCUGCUCCCCAGCAGUUCCAGAGUUGGCUGUGUAAGAAAACUCUCUGCUCUCAGAGAAAAAGUGUUUUACUAUGAAGCCUCCAGAAUGUCUGGGAUGUAAACAUUUUGAAAAUACUUCUGAAGGAACUGAAGCUCAUUGGACUGUUGAAAAAUGUCCGUAAAAGGAACUCUUAGUAAACUAGUAUCUGUAAGAAACCACAAAAACAGUGUUCCUUAAUCCCACUGUUUUUAUUUACUGCACUGUAGGUGCUUUUAUAAAUGACUCUAACAUGUCUUUUACUAAUGAUGGGGACAUCUGCAUAUUUCUAUCAACAGAGGCCAACUGAAUAUGUAUUAACUAUGUUUACUCUUUUAUAACUAAUUCCAUUGGAAAAUCCUAUGUAAGUGAGCUUUUUUUAAAAGAAAAAUGCAGCAUAUAAUAUCCUUUCUGGGUUUGGUUCUGUUUUUAGUUGGGGUGGGAGUAGUUGCGCUGGUGGCAUUUUUUAGACCUUUUUUGUGGUAUUUGGGGGAACCUGUUGUGUGUUAGAAUGUGUAUCUUAUCUUCCUGUAUUAUUGUGGCUGAAAAAAAACUGUGCUGUUAUGUAGUUGGCAAGAAGAUGCCUUUGGAAACUUUACUAGUAGGUCAGUGUCUUCAUGAAAUACUCUUGAAUCCUAGAAGCGUCUGUUUGUUCUGAAUUUGAGCUAUAUAUUCAACCAUUACAGUGGCUUUUCAUUGAGAAGGGAAUUUUGCUCAGGCUUUUUUAGAACUUGAAUUGCUCUCCUUUCUUUGUUUAAAACCUACAUAAACGUAUUACCCAGCUGCACUUGAUAGGUUCCUCUUGGCAUGGGCAAAUUGCCCACCAAGUCUUCUUCAAGCAAUUUACACUUGUCAAACAUUUGACUUCUGUGUGGCCUGUAAAACCCAUCAUCCUCCAUAUAACUCCCAUUGUUUGCUCCUAUGUGCAUCAAUCUAUUUACCUCCCCCCCACAUCACUACCCAACGCACAUUUUGGUAUCUUUGCAUGGAUGUACUAUGACACAAAAAUUCAAUGUGGAUAGUGAACAACAUAACAUACAUUCAUUACAGAAGAAAAAUAGAUUCCUGAUGCUAGCAUUCUGUGGUAGAACUCUACAUUAAAAUAAUGAGGAACAUCACAUAAUAUGGUGAAUACCACUGCUAAUAUCAAAACAAUAAAUCUGCUAAGAUCAAGUACCCUUAUCAAAAUAUUAUUUUCAUUAAUGAUGUCAUACUGGUAUAGGUUUUCAAGGUGAGCCAUCACAUUAUUUGUGUGCCAGUUCACCAUUUUUUACUAGAGCCCAAAGCCACUUCUGUAAACCUGAAAUUAACUUGCUGCCAGUGGAAUUAAUCUGGAAUAUGAUGCAUGAAAAUUGUCUCCUUUAUCCUGGUGGUUGUUGUUUGCACAUUGGCUGUAUUUAAUAUCACUUGUUGGGAGUUUUGAUCUCGUGCACUCAAGUGAGAAAAGCAAUGGACUAACUGCAGAGCAGGUGGCUGAAGGGUCAUAAUCCAUGUCUAGGUUUCCAUUUAGACCUGUGAAGCAACUGGAUUAGUAAAUGAUUUUCCAGUGACUUUAUAUCCCCACUCAGGGAGAAGGACAAAGCCUGUUAAAAGAUGAGCACAUGUGAAGAUUUCUACAGGUAUUUAUAUGUCUUGACAUGAAGGUCCUUACAUGUAUCAGAUCUGUUAAAGCGGUAUAUUACACAGGGAUUUUUUGUAACAUCAAUUAUGUAACAUAUAUAGCAGUUCUCUAAAAUACUGCACACAUCCAUCUUUCUAAAAAUUGUGUGCAUAUAUCUGUUCUUCAUAUAAUCACACAUGUGAAGCAGUAGCAACAUCCUGCCUGCUUUUGCUCUCUCAGCAAUCCUUGUGAGGCUUAUGGAACAUGAGGAACUAACCAGGGGCAUGCCAUCAGUCCAUGCUUCCUCCUUAUUCAAAAGGCUCAAAAAGGCUUAAAGCAUUUCCUUAUCCCCAGUACUGCAUGCCUGGUCACCAUUUUAGGUCACAGUUUUCCUGUUGCUGUUGCAGAUUGUAAACAGGAUUUUCCCUAGAAAGUAUAGCCUUCAGCAUAUAUAUCCCUCUAUGUUUUACACAAGCAAUUGCAUCCAGUAUAGCACAAAACUGAACUAGAAGAGGGGAGCAUGGCCCCCUAUUUCUCUUAAGUUUUAUGCCCAUUUCUCAACACUGCCAGACCUGUAAGCAUUCUCAUAUCAGUCCAAGAACUGAGAAACCUUCAUAUGUAGUAUGGAAAAUUUUGCAGCCUUAGAUUCAAGCAAACUGAAUCAAGCAUGACCACUGAGUGCCAUCAGUUUUGGGGAGCAUUACCUAGUAGGCCUUCUCAACCUGGCUGGGAAGUUUCAAAAAAAUUGAGAAUAGGAGAGAAGAAGCGGAACAGAAGUUUCUACUUGAGUGUAGUUGUGUGUCUUUCCCCACCAGGGCCAGGUAUUCAUUUCAAAAGGGACUUCCAAUUAUGUGGCCUCUCAUUCUGUUGCAGAAAUACCUAUUGAAAUUGUUCUAUAGGCGCACCCCUUCUUCCAUGUGUGUAGAUGUGAAUUGCAGAACCUUCCUCCUAACAGUGAGUGUGAGUGUGUUUGCGUGUCUGUCUGCAUUUGCAAGAUGUUAGAGAAGGAAGAAUUCUCCUCACUUCUAUACUAGUUUUGGCAGGAAGAACAGCAGAAAUGCUUGGGAUUAGUGCUCUAUGAGGUGAGAAGAAAAACCCAAUAAAGAACAUGGCAGGUGUCCUUCUCUAAGGAACACACCUGAAAUGAAAAGACUUAACAGUCCUGCUGUGACCUAAACAAAAGAGGGACGCAGGACAUGGUUAAGAUUUCUCCUCCUGCAUUGCAAGAGUGCUGGGAGAAUUCUGAAGCAUUAGGAUAAGAAUUCUGCAUUGCAAGCUCAUGCUGCUGGGUAUACAGGAAUAACAUACAGACACAAAAACAAUGUUAGGCCUUCAUUCUUGCUUGCACUGCAUCUAAAUCACUACUGCCAAAAGUUGCAAGGCUGUCAACUACUACAGCAAAUAAAUGAAUGGAUCUAUGGAAAGAGUUUUAGGGCACAGUAGUUUGAGAAUAUCUGAUAUACUGUUGUUGAAUUGUACAGCUGUAUCCUCCUCAAAACCCAGUGAAGAAUGUUAUUUUUCUAGACUGGGCUUUUUGUUGUUCUUAUAAAUCCAAAUAUUCGGCAGGCAAGUGUUAACAAUCCAAAUGUCUUUGGGUUUUUUUCUUCCUUAGAGUCAUUUGUUAAUUCUGAAUGUAUUUUUAACAAAAGGUGAAUUUUUUU